CCCACACGCUUUUCCGAAAGUCAUAAAAGUCGCGCCGGCCUCGCGAUGUCAGUUUCUCGAAAUCCCGGUCAUCCUCUUCUCGUCUCAAGUUCCUGGGUGUUCUGCAUGGCUCUUUCGUCCUGACUUCUUCACCGCUGCACUGGUACCGCAUCGCCUUGGGGGUUUUGUAUGACGAGGGACGGAAUUGAUUCCGGUUUUAUUCCCGCUGGCUGCUAGUAUACCGUACAAUAGUAUAGCCACCUUUUCGCUGCAAAAUUGGGAUUACAGUCUCAAGGCUUAAGGUCUCAGUUGCAGGGAAACCAGGGCGAUGUCAGCUUCUGCAGUCCAAGAGAAGAGGCAGUUGGGGGACUCGUCAAUUCAACCGCACUCAAAUGCGUCAUCGGAAGGCUGGCACGACGAAGAGAAGGGCCAAGACGACACACGGCAAAACUCAGUUGCACUAGAUUCACACGAUGCACACGAUCUCGAAACCAUAGAAACACGGUCAUUAGCGGGCUCCCAACUGCCGCCACCACCUGAUGGCGGUCUUCAUGCGUGGCUGAAAGUGUUCGGUGGAUUUUUGGUCUACAUCAACAUCUGGGGUUUCACACUUGCUUACGGCACUUUCCAGUCCUACUACACCUUCACUCUACUCCCAGACCAGUCGCCAUCAUCGAUAUCAUGGAUCGGAACCGUCCAAGGCUGGCUUCUCAUUGUAGUCGGGGUCUUGUCAGGCCCGCUCUUCGAUCUUGGCUACUUUAGGUCUAUGUUGUACAUCGGCAACUUCCUCAUCGUAUUCGGCAUCAUGAUGCUUAGUCUUUGCAAGACUUACUGGCAGGUAUUCCUUGCGCAGGGUAUCUGCAUGGGACUAGGGGCUGGCCUCUUAUACAUCCCGAGUCUUGCGCUGGUAGGUAUCUGGUUCGAGAAAAAGAGAGCGGUGGCCUUGGGUAUCGUAAUGAGUGGGAUCGCUGUUGGCGGAGUAAUCUACAUUAUCAUGUUUGACAAACUAAUCCACCGCGCGGGUUUCCCCUGGACCAUCCGCGCGAUCGGCUUCGUCGCCCUCGCCUGCGCUCUUCUCUCCUUCCCCGCGCUCCUCUCCGGCUCCUCCAUCCUCGCGCGCCCCCGCAAACGCCGCGCUCUCUUCGACGCCUCCGCCGUCAAAGACAAGCUGUUUCUGCUCUUCACGGCGUGUACCUUCUGCAACUUCCUCGGCUACAUUGUGCCGUACUUUUACAUUCCUACGUUCGCGCAGGAAAAACUGGGGUCCAGUUCCAGCGUGUCGCUGUACAUGCUCAUUGGCGCUUUGGCGGGAAGUUUCUUCGGACGUAUCGGGAGCGGAGUGAUGGCGCAUUACGUUGGGAGUAUUGUGACGUGGGGGUUAUGUGCGCUGUCCAGUGGGAUUCUAGCGCUUUGCUGGAUUAGUAUUGAGACGGAGGCCUCUUUCAUCGCGUUCAGUGUGUUCUGGGGGUUUCUGUCAGCUGCGCUCGUGACGCUUCCUUCCGCUGCGUUCGCAAACAUCUGCCCAGAUAUGUCGAGGCUAGGGACCCGCCUCGGCAUGUCGUGGAGCGUCUCUAGCAUAGCUACAUUGAUCGGAUCGCCGAUAGCGGGUGCGUUACUCAAGACGAAAGCGAAUGGCGAAACGAAUUUUCUGGGGCCACAGCUUUGGUCUGGGAUAUGUCUUUUGGUCGGGUCUGCGUGCUUAGUGGUACUGUGGGCUGUUACCAAGAAGACGAUGAAUACUGGGUGGAGGAUCUAGCAUUCAAUUGAGCGGGGCCGAUUGCAAGAACAUGAUGAAUUGGCUUCUUGAACUUCCUCUCCGGC